UGUUCUGCCAGAGGAACCGCAGGUUUGUGAAACUCAGUUGUCAAGCGGGCGCUCCCUGAAGUCUGAGCGGUUCUCCGUUUAUAAAGAGCGAGCGAGGGUUACAGAAAUAUUAACUAAAGUCGGCUGCUUUCAGAAGUAGGACGAUCUCAAUCAGAAAUCCUUGUGAAGUUUAUCCGGGAGUUUAGCAUCAUGCCAAGAAAAUCAAGCCACCCUCCCCCAUAUGGCAGCAGACAUCAUUACAGAUCCUCCCAUCGCACAGUUUCUUACCACCCUGAUGAAAUGCUUCACUUCUACAGCUGGAAGUCACCCCCAGGUGUCAUGAAGAUUUUAUGCAUCAUCAUUAUUAUUAUGUGUGUGGCUAUGUUUGCCUGCGUAGCCGCCACAUUGGCAUGGGACUAUGACGCCAACAGCAUGGGCCUUGGUGGCCUUGGUAGUCUUGGUAUGGGCAGCUAUAGUGGUGGAGGAUACAGUGGUGGGAGCUAUGGUGGUGGUUCAGCUGGUGGAUUUGGAGGAAGCUACGGUGGAGGUAUGGGAGGCUAUGGAUACGGAGGAGGCACGUACAUGGACCCAAAAUCAGGCAAAGGCUUCAUCAUCUCUAUUGCGGCAAUUACCUUCAUCGCUAUUCUCAUCAUCUUCAUCCUGGUGGUGUCAAGACAGAGCAGUACCCAGUCUCCCAAAUUCUAUCUGGCCACCAUCAUUAUUUGUGCCAUCCUGGCUGCACUCAUGCUCAUCGCCACUAUUGUUUACCUGGUCACGGUUAACCCCACUUCUCAGACAUCUGGAUCCAUGAUGUAUAAUCAGAUCUUGCAGCUUUGUGCACAGUAUCAGAACCAAGACCAGGCCUCUGGCAUCUUCCUCAACCAAUAUUUAUACCACUACUGUGUUGUGGAUCCUGAAGAGGCCAUUGCCAUUGUUCUUGGGGUUCUGGUGGUAAUUGGGUUGAUCAUUCUCCUUGUGUUUGCGGUGAAGACCCGAGGGCAGAUUAGGAAAUAUGGCAGGGACCGCGUUUUGUGGUAUGACGUUAAGACCAUUAAAGAUGGCCUCACCUCUCAAGGCAUUGGCGAAUGGAUUAAUAAUGUGUCUGGAGAUCCAGAGGUUUUUGUCAAUGACCAGAACGACAAAGUCAGCGCUGCUCAGCCAAUGGUUCACAGCCAGAAACCAAUUUACCUUCCAAGUAGUGCUUCUGACUUGACGAGCUCUAUGAGCGGAUUGAAGGGCAAACUAAGAGAAUAUGACACUGGAGAGUCUGGAGAUGAGCUUGACACGGAGUAUGAAGCCGAAUAUCCUCCCAUCAUUAAUGAGCAGGAGAGACUUGACUACAAGCGAGAUUUUGACAGAGACCACAUGGUGUACAAGCGUCUUCAGGCUGAACUAGAUGAUAUUAAUCAGGGUUUGGCAGAUGCAGAUCGAGAGCUCGACAGGCUAGAGGAAGGCAGCCCACAGUUCAUGGAUGUCAUGGAUGAAUACAACAGGCUCAAAAGUUUGAAGAAGUCUACAGACUAUCAGAUGAAGAAAAGAAAGUGUAAACAGCUUAAGUCAAAACUCUCCCUCAUCAAAAGAAGGGUUAGCGACUAUGACCACAGACAAUAAAAACCUGGCACUGGAAACUCAGCAAGGCAUAUUGUGUCACAUGUUGGUUUUGCAAUGGGACUUUCUCACUUUUUGUGUAUUCUGUAUUAAGCAUCUGCAUCAUCAUGUAUUGGUAUCAGGAAAUGUAAGUCUGCUGUUGGAUAUUGAGAGCUUUGUGCUUUUGAGCCAAUCUAAACUUGAUCAAAAUGUGCUAUCAGUGAAGUAUUUUUAAAGCUAGUUUGUUGUCUGUUAACCUUUUAUAUUCUGUUCUUGUCAUUUUAGCAUCUUAAAAGCAUUGCUGACAACUUUUAUUGUAGUUUUACAGACUUUCAAGCAAAGACGUUCCAGUAUGUUGUCUGAUAAAAUGUUUCAUUGAAUGUUUUUAAAAACUUAUUUUAAACAUUCUGAUUAUAACCUGUCACAAGAAUGGCAAUCUAUUUGCUGAUGAUGUUGUUUUUAAUUUAAGUACACACUUUAAGAAUAGUUGUGAAUUAAAUUAGUUAUCUAGUUAAUGCCAUUUGCCUCCAUCAAAUCUGCUGACAAUUCACUAUUGAACAAUUUUAAUGUGGUAAGCAAACGGUGUUGAAUGUACAGUGUAUUUUUGAUUGUAUUUGUGUAAAUAGGAAAAUAAAGCUAUACAGUUUCCAGA